AUGGUUGUUGUGGUUGCAGUUGGAACUGUAGUUGGUGAUGUUGGAGCCAUGGUGGUUGCAGUUGGAACUGUAGUUGGUGAUUUGGGAACCUUGGUGGUUGUGGUUGUAGUUGUGGUUGCAUCUGUAGUUGUGGUUGUAGUUGGAACUGUAUUUGUGGUUGCUGGAACUUUAGUUGUGGUUGGAACUGUAGUUGUGGUGGUUGGAAGUGUGGUUGUGGUUGUUAGUACUGUAGUUGUGGUGGUUGGAACUGUAGUUGUGGUUGCUGGAACUGUAGUUGUUGUAGUUGAAAUUGUGGUUGCAUCUGUAGUUGUUGUGGUUGGAAAUGUACUUGUGGUGGUUGGAAGUGUGGUUGCUCUAGUUGGAACCAUGGUAGUUGUGGUUGUAGUUGGAACUGUAGUUGUGGUUGCUGGAACUGUAGAUGUGCUUGCUGGAACUGUAGUUGUGGUUGCUGGAACUGUAGUUGUUGUAGUUGUCGAUGUAGUUGUUGAUGUUGGAACCUUGGUGGUUGUGGCUGUAGUUGGAACUGUAGUUGUAGUGGUUGGAACUGUAGUUGUUGUGAAUGGAACAGUGGCUGUUGUGGUUGCAUCUGUAAUUGUGGUAGCUGGAACUGUAGUUGUGGUUGCUGGAACUGUCGUUGCUGUGGUUGGACCAGUGGCGGUUGUAGAUUGA